AUGCAGAUCUUUUGUUGGUCCUCCAUCUUCCUCCUGCUAUCAUGCGCACUCUCCUCCCCUCUAUCCUGCGCAUCCGCCGCGCCCACUCUCGUCCGUCGUCACCUCUACGACGACGCUGAAGCUCUCCCUACUCCUAUCGACGGAGAAGCCCUACCUCCUCCUAUCGACGGAGAAGCCCUACCUCCUCCUAACGACGGAGAAGCUCUACCUUCUCCUAUUUCUCCCAUUAGUCCUCCUUUCUUCCCACUCGACUCCUCCGCUCCUCCGCCUCCUUCUCCUCCGACCUUCGCUUCCUUCCCGACUUUCCCGGCAAACAUCUCCGCCCUCGUCCUUCCCCGAUCUCCUAAACCACAUUCCACUUCCCCUUCACAUCUUGUCCCGGCUAUCUCCGCCGUGCUCGUCGUCGCCACAGCCAUCGGCAUCGCCUUGUUUCUCUACUGCCGGAGGAAAGGAGAAAACCGUCACUUCAAGUACUCUACUAGUGGUAGUACUAGUAGCCACCAUGACUAUGAUGAGCAGCCGAGACACAUUACCAACAACUUCUCUGUAGCUGCUACUACCUCUACCUCGGAGGUUAUAUACAUCGGUGCCGACGAACCUGACCGUGUUAUAACGAGUUUCGUGAAGCCUGAAUCGCCGGAGAUACGGCCACUACCUCCGUUGCCUCUUCGUAGUUUCCAGCACAACUAUGAAGCUGAUUUUCUCUCCGACGGAGAAGAAGAAGACGAGUUCUUCUCUCCUCUGGCUUCUUUGGCUGGCUCCGAGCACUCAAGCCCGUCCCGUUCUCGUUUCGAACCGGAGGGUCAUUACAGAACUAGCUCCUGCUCCUCCUCCGCCUCCGGUUGGGUUUCUCCGGCUAGGUCAUUCUCCAUCACUAUGUCUCCGCCGAUGAACUCGACCGUUCCACAGCGCUCUAACCAUAGAUUCUCAGACUCCUCUUCCGAUCAAAACCUCCAGUCUCCGUCGCCGGAGAGACUACGAGUAAGGAAGAAUAACGGAAAUGAGUCGUCGUCUCUGAGAAUGUUUAGCUUCUGGAAUCAAAAUCUGGGCUUUCCUCGUAUCUCCUCUGCUUCUACCUCACCAGACAGAGGAUUUAAUAUAAGAACGCCGCUUUCUUCUCUCUACUCUUCGGUUUCCAAUUCCCCCGACGGAUUGUUCCGGAAAUUUCUGGACAGUUCGCCGCCGAUUUGGAACGACUUUAGUCGGAAUGUGAAGUCGGUACUACUCUCCUCCGAUUCCCUUUCAUCGAGAAGAGAUUAUGUUAUCAACGUAGGUCAAUCUUCAUCUCGAUAUUUGAAUCAAGCUGCUGCGCCUCCUCCUCCGACGAGACCACCUCCUCUUGUUCCGCCGCCACAGUCUUUUGUUGUUCAAAACGAUGUGAAAAAACCAUCCUUUUCGGAGCUUCCUCCGAAACAGCCGCAUUGGGAUAAACUCCGACAAGGUUCUUUCGAAUUGAACAAAGAGAUAGUGGAGACUCUGUUCAUGUCAAACUCUACAGAUCCAAACAUAAAACAGAGAGGUCUAAGCUGUGAUCUUCCGAUUCAAAAUCAAGAAAGCAAAGUUUUAGACCCGAGAAAGGCUCAGAAGAUUGAUACUCUGCUUCAACUACUUACCUUAACCACAAAGGAUGUUUGUCAUGCUCUUCUUGUUGGUGACCAUGAUGCACUUGGAGCUGAACUUCUCGAGUGUCUAUCAAGAUUGGCACCAAGUAGGGAAGAAGAGAAAAAGCUAAAGCGCUACAGUGAUGUCAUCAAGCUUGGCCCAGCUGAGAGGUUUCUUGAAGAGUUGCUUCAUGUGCCUUUGGUGUUCAAACGUGUUGAUGCAUUGCUCUCUGUCGCUAAUUUCCACUCCAAGAUCGAACACCUCAAAAGAUCAUUCGGUGUUGUACAGGCUGCUUCUAAAGAACUAAGGAAUAGUAGAAUGUUCUCGAUACUUCUUGAAGCGAUACUAAAGACAGGAAACAAGAUGAGUGUUAGAACACACCGCUUUGGCGAUGCUCAUGCCUUCAAACUUGACACGCUCUUCAAGCUUGCUGAGGUCAAGGGGUUAGAUGGAAGAAACAGUCUCCUGCAUUUCGUUGUUCAGGAAAUGAUAAAAUCAGAAGGCGCUGCGAAAGCUUUAGGCUGCAUCAGGAAUCUGAACUCGGAGCUGGCGAAUGUCAAGGAAUCAGCAGAGGUUGAGUUUGGUGUUCUAAGAAGCGAUGUCUCAAGGCUUUAUCAAGGAAUCAAGAACAUCGAGGAGCUUCUGUUGCGGAGCGAGUCGAGUGGAUCUAGUGGAGAUAAGAAAUGGAUGGAGUUCAGGGAGAGGAUGACAAGAUUCUUGAAAACCGCUGGAGAGGAGAUUCAGGCGAUCAAAACACAGGAGAUUUCAACGCUCUCUGCAUUGGAAAAGGUGACAGAGCAUUUCCAUGGAGAUUCUUACAAGGAAGGUCACACGUUGAGAAGUUUCAUGGUUGUGAGAGACUUCCUGUCCAUUCUAGACAAAGUGUGUAACGAAAUGGGAGACCGGUUCUCAUCGUAA